AUUGACUAUGUGGAGUCGGCAAGCCAGAUUUCGUCGAGAACGAUCUGCACUCGCCGGUUUGAAUUCCCCCUUAAUGGGGUUUCGGCAUGUACUAUGUGGAACAUACUGAAUAUUGUGUGUUUUUUGACGAUUUACGUCAAUGGAAAAACAGCCGUCGGACGGUACUAUAGACGUCUUAAAUCACGGGAGGGCCAAGCCGAUCGAUGUCCAACUCCGCGACUAGUGCCAAUUUUAUUUAAAAAAUACUGUAAGAGUUUAACGCCGUGUGAGAAUGAUAAAGGGUGCAGGAAGCCAAAGUGGAUCUGUGAGUGCCAUGAACACUGCGGCAGAGUUUGCAUAGAUCCAACCUCCACGUGUUCUGACGGAUAUUGCAAGAACGGUGGAACAUGUUCAGUUUUACAUGGGAAAGCUAAUUGCAGUUGUCCUUCUAAUUUCUCUGGACUCCAUUGUGAAAAGGACGUGGAUGAAUGCCAAGUGAAUAAUAAAUGCAAAAAUGGUGGAACUUGCGCAAAUAAUUUUGGUGGCUACAUUUGUAGUUGUAUAUUUGGUUGGGAUGGACCUGAAUGCACCAUCAACAAGGAUGACUGUGUGCCCUCUGGUAAUACCCCCUUGUGUUUUAAUGGUGGCACAUGCAUUGAUAAAGUUGGAAAAUAUGAUUGUCUCUGUCCUCCUGGAAAAAUGGGUCCUGUGUGCCAACAUGAUGAUCAAUGUUAUCAUAAACCUUGUUAUGGAACUGCCACUUGCUUUACUGAUGCAUUUGGAGCAUAUAGUUGCAUUUGUCCGAGAGGGUGGACUGGUAAGAAUUGCAGUAUUGACAUUGAUGAAUGCAGUUUGGAUUUGGUGUCACCUUGUCACCAUGGUGGUACAUGUGUCAACACUAAUGGAUCAUUUGAAUGCAGUUGUGUUGCUGGUUACAAAGGUGAAAGAUGUGACAAACCUAUAGAUGAGUGUGCUUCGAAUCCAUGCAAGAAUGGUGCUCAUUGCUUAGACUACACCAAUUUUUUUGUAUGUGCAUGCACACCAGGAUGGACAGGCAAAUAUUGUGAGACUUCGAUAAAUGAAUGUGCCAGCAGUCCUUGUCAAAAUGGUGGUCAGUGCACGGAUUUACUGAACAAGUACAGUUGUAAAUGCACCAUUGGCUUUAAUGGCACUAAUUGUGAGAUAAACAUUGAUGAUUGUGCAAACCCUAAUCCAUGCAAAAAUGGAGCCACAUGCACUGAUGGUGUUGGAUCAUAUACAUGCACAUGUGCUAGUGGGUUUACAGGAGGUAACUGUGAUAAAGACAUUGAUGACUGUGUCUCAGUACCUUGUAAACAUUAUGGAACAUGUGUGGAUGAAGUGAAUGGCUACUCUUGUCAGUGCACCCCUGGUUAUACAGGAAAUAAUUGUGAAAACCAAGUUGAUGAAUGUGCUAGCAAUCCUUGCAUGAAUGGUGGAAGCUGCACGGAUUUGCAAAAUGGUUUCCGCUGCACCUGUCCACAAGGCACAAGUGGUGUAAGAUGUGAGCACAAUGUUGAUGAUUGCAUUGGAGUGACUUGUGCCAAUGGUGGCACAUGCAUUGAUGAACUCAAUAGCUACAAAUGUGCCUGUCAUCCUGGUUUUUAUGGUGGAAAAUGUGAAAUGAACACUGACGAGUGUCGCUCACAACCUUGUCAAAAUGGUGGCAUUUGUACUGAUGGUGUUGCCCAGUAUCACUGUCAGUGUCCAGCUGACUUCACUGGUCGAAGUUGUGAAACCAGAGUUGACAACUGUCUUGGAAAUCAGUGCCAAAAUGGUGCAACAUGCCUCUCUGAGCAGAAUGGCUACUCAUGUCAGUGUGCCCCUGGCUUUAAGGGACAUUUGUGCCUGGUUGACAUUAAUGAAUGUGCUUCCAACCCCUGCAAUCAUGGUGAAUGCAGGGAUGGUCUCAACAAAUAUGUUUGUGUCUGUGACAGUGGCUACAGUGGCACUAAAUGUGAAACCAAUAUUGACGACUGUCAACCUAAUCCCUGUUUCCAUGGAUCAACUUGUUUUGAUAAAGUAAAUAAUUUUUCCUGUACGUGUUCUCCUGGUUUCUCUGGGCAGAGGUGCGAGCACCAUAUAGAUGAAUGUAAUUCACAACCCUGCCAAAAUGGUGCAACCUGUGUUGAUGAGAUUGGCUCCUACAGCUGCUACUGCAAGCCAGGCUACACUGGAAGGAAUUGUGAAAGUGUGAUAAAUUGGUGUCAGAGCUCUCCAUGUAAAAAUGGUGGAACAUGUAAACAAGACCCAAAUGCUCUUGAUUUUCAUUGUGAUUGUCUUACAGGAUUUAAAGGUAUAAUUUGUGAUGUGGAAAACAUAACCUGUAACAAUGCUAAGACUAAACUUACAGAUCGAAGUACUGUGUGUUUGAAUGGUGGUACUUGCAUUGAUGAUUACCAGAAUGUGCAGUCCUGUUCUUGUCCUCCUGGCUUUAUGGGAAGCUACUGCAAAUUGAACAUCAAUGAUUGUGCAAGUGGUCCUUGUAAGAAUGGUGCUCAGUGCUCCGAUGGUGUAGCAAACUAUACCUGCAGUUGUGCGAGAGGAUUUGCUGGUGACGACUGUGAAGAAAAUAUUGAUGAUUGUGCUUUAAACCCAUGUGACAAUGGUGGCACUUGCAUUGAUCUUGUAGAUGGCUUUAUCUGCUCUUGUCCUGUUGGAUAUGUUGGCAACAGGUGUGAACAGAAUCCUAAUGAUUGCUUGAUAUCUAGUACUGCCUGUUUCAAUGGAGGACAUUGUGUGGAUGGCCUGAAGGCUUUUUCCUGCCAGUGUGCUGCAGGAUAUUCAGGAGUGCGUUGUGAGGUUGACAUCGAUGAAUGUGCAUCCAAUCCUUGCUCUGCACUUGGGACUGAAAAGUGUUAUUCUUUGCCUAAUAAUGAUUACAGUUGUAAGUGCAAGAUGGGAUUUCUUGGGAAAAACUGUGACAUCGAUAUCAAUGAAUGUUUGUCAUAUCCCUGCCAAAAUGGAGCUGAAUGCAAGGAUGGGGCUGGGAAACAUAUCUGCCUCUGCCAGAUGGGAUAUUCAGGGCUAAACUGUGAGCGUCGUGUUUACUCAUGUUCAGAUGAUCCUUGCUUGAACAGCGGCACCUGCUUGACACAUACAAAUGGUAGUUUUUCAUGUGCUUGCGUGGAUGGGGUAAAAGGAAAAAGCUGUGAAUGGAAUCUGGACGACUGUCUUUCCACACCUUGCCAGAAUGGGGGAACAUGUGUGGAUUUGUUCGGUAACUAUGAGUGCAAGUGCCCUGUGGGGUAUACUGGAAGAAACUGUGAGCAGGAGAUUAAUGAAUGCCAAAGCAAUCCCUGCAAGCACAAUGGUACAUGUGAAGAUAUGAUGGGCCAUUACAGAUGCAAGUGUCCAGUUGGCUUUAACGGGACCGACUGCGAGGAAGAAGCGAAAUGCCCCUAUUCGUAUUGUAAAAAAACAUUUGUACCAGGAGGGACUUGUAACGAAAGUUGCAACACUCACUCUUGCAACUGGGACGGGACUCUUUGUUCCCUUGGAAUACAACCAUGGAAGAAUUGCUCUGUACAUACAGCAAGUGGAGAAUUUUGCUUCAAAGUGUUCCAAAAUGGAAAAUGCGACACGUAUUGCAACAAAGCUGAAUGCCUUUUUGAUGGAUUUGACUGCAAUGCACCCAAGGAAGAAUGCAGCAAUGAUGAUUAUUGCAAGUCACGCUUUGAGAAUGCAAUAUGUGACACGGUGUGCAACAAUGAAGCUUGUUUGAAAGAUGGCCUGGACUGCGAGACUGGAAAACCGGAACCGGGCGAAGGGACGCUUAUACUAGUGUUGAGGGUGCCUCCAGAAGUUUUCCGCAAUGGCUCAAGAAUAUUUAUGAGGGAACUUUCUGCGGUUUUGAACACCAUCGCGUUUAUCAAGAGACAAGGAAACGAAGAAAUGAUCUUUUCCUUUGAUCUUAAAACGCGUAAACGUCGCCAAGUUGUUCAUCUGCGUGUUGUUCGAGCGGCCGACGGAACAGGGACGAAAGUGCACGUACAGCUUGACCAACGAGGUUGUUCAGGACCAGCGUGUAUCUCCACAGCCAGCGAAGCGGCCCGCUACCUUGGUGCGUUAAAGUCGUCUAAUAAGCUGGAUCUACCCUAUCCUGUGUACAGAGUGGAAGUGGAGGACACCUCUCCAACUCCAUCACCGCCUGUUUCUGGAACUAAGCUGUCACCACUUUACAUAGCCAUUCUGUGUGUAGUUAUCCCACUGCUCCUUGUGGGAGGGUUGUUGGGUGGCAAGAAAGUAUACGCCAAGCUAUGGGUACCAGAGGGCUUUCCUAUAUACCGGUCCCGGCGCCAGCCGUCUACCAGACGUGAUCCUGUAGGGCAAGAAGUCUCCAUGAGAUCGAUGAGCAAGAGUUCGUCAGAAAUUGAUGAAGAGGGUGCAUGCGCCGACGGCGAGAGCAGCCGUUCAGACUUGACUCCUCCCAGAGAAUCUAAACGCGUUAAGCUGGACAACGGUGAAGACUCGCGAAAGUGGACCACACUUCAUAAGCAAGCGGCGGACGUAACUGUGCGCAACUGCGCGUUGGCUUUGACUCCUCCUCAGGAGGGAAGCGGCGAAAGAGGGGUACCGGGCGUAGACGUGGAUGCUAGAGGCCCAGGUGGAAUGACAGCCCUUCACUUGGCAUCCUGCCGUGGAACUUACGGUGAUGGCAGCAGCCUUGAUGAUGACAAAGACAGUGAUGACAGUGGAGGGGCCAUGGUGUCGGAUCUACUGUCCCUUGGGGCAAACUAUGUUUCCAAGACGGACCUGGAAGAGACGCCGCUUCAUCUUGCUGCCCGGCACUCAAGGGCGGAUGUGGCUAAACGUCUGUUGGACUACGGAGCAGAUGCGAACGCACGUGACCGUCUCAACCGCACGCCCCUCCAUUUGGCCAUCGGAGCUGAUGCACAAGGUGUCUUCCAGAUCUUGUUAAGGAAUCGUGCCACAGACCUCGAAGCCCGAAUGGACGACGGUACCACUCCGCUUAUCCUUGCCGCAAGACACGACCUUCCAGACCUGGUGCGGCACCUCAUCAAAGCCGGAGUGAAGGUUAACAGUGCUGACAAUCAAGGAAAAACGGCUUUGCAUUGGGCUGCGUCAGUGAACAGCCUGGAUGUCACCAAAGAGUUGUUAAGAAAUGGCGCCAAGAAAGACGCCCAGGACGAAAAGGGUCAAACUCCGUUGUUCCUGGGUUGUCGUGAAGGCAGCGUACAGACCGUGAGACAUCUCUUGGUGAAUUAUGCCAACAGGAAAGUUGCCGAUUCUAUGGACAUGACACCUGAAGAUAUCGCUAAACAAAGACAUCAUCACGACAUUGUCGAAUUGCUUACGGAUUGGUCACUUGGCUGUAACUCGCCAAAGGCAGUUCCAGCCCCUACUUCACCCCCCGAGGGGCAAAAAUCACCCAUGGUUAGCAUAGCAUCUCCUCUGGCAACAUCGCCACCAGCUGUCGAAAUUCCCAAUGGUAGCGCGGCAGCCAUGGUACAACAAUUCCACGCGGCGCGUCCAAAGGCCACAGGGAGUAGAACGCCUGGAUCGAGACCCAGGCCGAGUGCAACCGGAAAUAAUAAUAACAAUAAUGCAAAGAGGAAGCGCAAGAAGGCGCGGCCUGACGAGGAAGUGCACUCGUCAAUGAGUGUCGUCCCAACGCUUUCAUCUCCUGGGUCCGGGCAUGUUGUAACGUCCUGCACUGCUGGACAGCAACAGCAGCAGGCGUUUUCGCCAAAUUGUGUGCCAAUCUCGAACGUACUCUCGCCGUUAGGGAGCAUUUCUCCCGGCAUAUCUCCCGGCAUAUCUCCUGCGGAUUCAACUACGCUAUCACCUUUUCAAGCUCCAAAUUCGUUGGAUGCACAACCACCUUCACCGCUAGAAAUAUUAUCACCCGAUGACCUAGCCGGGUUGGAAGAGGUUGACCUUGAUUUUGAUUUAGUUGGCGCUCUCGAUGAUCCUACGGAUAUGUCCAUAUGCGGGUUUACCAUGAACACUUCUUUAGGGCAGGGGGCCGCUAUGGACCACACUGUACCCACUACAUCAGACUGUCUGUACAUGCCCGUCAGGCCAUUCGAGGGUCAAAGACUCUACUCGGUUCAUAGCACACCGGACUUACCUUGUGUCGGUCUGCAACCUUCCGACUCUCGAGCUUUAGUCUUUAACGGAAGAACUUGUCAUUCGGCGCAGAAGGCGCCUCCACCGAUCUCUCAACAGGCCGCAUUUCAGGCCAUCACUAACUCCAACAUGUAUUCUCACGUCGGUGGCGUUGGCGGAUUAGGAAACGGCCAGCCGUUUAGGAAAGACUACCAAAAUGACGAUUAUUCGAUGCGCCAUCAACAAUUGCAACAUAUGCCGCAUCAGCUUGUCUUUCCGGCCGACGAAAUGGCUCCUGUACAUACACAAGUGCGGUUCAUGAAUAAUUACGACUCGUCGCCGCAAAAGUAUUUAUCAUCUUUCCCGACCCCCUCACCUGAUUCGCCGGGAGACUGUUCAUCAUCGUCAUCAUCGUCCUCGUGCUAAUCAAUUGAUUUCUGUACUAUUCGUGUUUGUUAUGAUUGGGUUUUUUUAAGAUCGCCAUGAGAGUCGUCACAAUACAUACUACGCUCAGUUAUUUUCUAUUGUAUUCUUGGUUUAUUAAUCGCUAAGCGUAUUUAUUUAUUUGUACAAAAAAUGACAGUGUAAUUGCCAAUAGUCACAAGUCAGUCUGGCUCUAUAAGGAAUGUCACGCAAGGUUUCGUGGGAAGCGGUGCGUGACGCCCCACCACAAUUUGUCACGACUCACCCAAAAUAAGCUUGGAAUUUUCGAGCGAGAAUCUUUUUUUUUGUUUGUUUUUUGUUUUGUUUUUGUUUUUUUUUUGGGUUUUUUUUGGCAUACUUGUGUGAGUCGUGGCUUCUUAUCGAACUAGAUUGACAAUGAAUACUGCCAUUGACACUAAAAUAAGUUUUGUCAACGCCACACCCCUGAAGAGAACUUAUAUUGUGCAACGAUGAAUAAGUAAGUUUGGUAAAACUGGUGUUUCAGGUUAUGCAUCAUAAUGUUACGAAUCGUGUCAAGUUAUUUAUUAAUCAGUUAACGUUGUAGUUAUUCUAUAGUCACUCAAUUGUGUUUUGGGUGGCGAACUCGGAAGGUAAACAAAUCGAAAAUCAAGGCUUCUUAAACAUACGAUAAAAGGUUUCUAGAUUGAACAGUUUUAUAGUUCUUAAAUUGCAAGAGGUUGUGUCCAGUCGGUUGAAUGUUCAUCAGAUUUUGUAAGAUAUACGUCAAGGAAUGAUAUUUCGUAUGGUAUGACCGUAACUGUAAUUUUAAACGUGGGAAGGAUUGCAGUACAUAGAUGCACUGCGUAUUUGAAGGACAGUCCGCUCGAAGGACGGCGAAAAGUGGUCACUGCUUUAAAAAAGAAAAAAAUGCAAUUGAUUUAUAGUCGAAUAAUUGAAUUUCAUGUUGGAACAAAACACACAGAGCUAUAGAAAAGUUUAAUAUAUUUUUAAGAUGUAAUUAGGGAGAACGUACCAAACUGUAAAUACAUUUUUUUUUUUUUGUAUAUUGAAAACAUUUAUGCCCCAUGUACUCGCCACACUCAGUUGAAUCGACACACCUUAAACAUUUGAGUUCUUAGUUCUGAAGUGAGGGGUUUUUAGGUAUGGUUGAGUGACUGUUUUAGCCCGACUAGAAGCUUCGGUAAUCCGGUAUAUUAUUUUUAUAACUUCUUUUCUGGAAAUCAUUUAAGUACAUACACUAUGUAAUCAACGAUAAAAAAUACUAUUUUGGGACGGAAAAAUAAUAAUAAACCUUGAAUUGCGAUAGAAGGCA